UACAUAUAAACCUAAGAAAGAAAAUGAAGACAAACCCAUUUGAAUCCAUUUUUGGAGCAGGGAUUCAAACCAAAUAUGAGUUCUGACCGAACUACCACCUUCCUCCAAUCUCUGCACCCGUUACACCAUCUUCCAUCUCAAAUCCCAAAGCACAACCCCAUCAACAACACUGAGCAAAUCGCCAUUGAAGAGGCCAAGAUCGAGAAGGCGAUUAUCGAGGCAAUCACGAGGGGCAAGGUCCAGACUCUGAAGCCCAACUCAGGUGAAGCCAUCCCCAUUGGCGAGCACUACAUUUGCGUGUCAUUUCAGGACGAGGCAGAGUCGGAGUGCCGAGUGUGGGAGUGGCAUGGGCAUAUAAUGUCAUACAAUGGAGAGCAUGGGUACACUCAGGAUUAUGUGUAUGAGAACUACUUCGAGAGAAUGACGAGGAGGGUGUUUUCGGAUGAGAGCGACGAGGAGAGAGAUGUGGGUCUGGGGUUGAGAGAGUUGAUUGGUGGGAUUAAUUCGAUGGACGGUGGAAUUUUGUGCAGGAACAUGAAUUUCACCACCUCAGAUGGAUCAAUGCCAAAUAGCCAUAUUUUGCAUAAUGAGAUGUGAUAGAAAGAGCAAUUUCAAGAAAUGUGAUCCGAAACGAAUUCAUUGUGGUCUUAGAACCUGAUAUGUGAGAACACAUGGGAUCUGGACCUUCUGAUUGUGGCUUUUGUUCUAAACAUAGAUGGUUAUAUGCCUCUGUUCAUGUGAGGAAUUUUUCUGGGAUUGAAAAUAACUUUUAAUUUGGCUUAUUUUGCAGCCAAUGAAUUGCAGAGUACCUGUAUCAGUACCGGUGAUUAUAGAAAUGAAAGAUAAAAGAGUGUCAUCUUCAAUAAACUUCAAAUUCCUUUUCUCACUUGUAUCUUGAGUGUUAAGUUACUUUCUUGGAACAGGAAAAGGAUAACGAUUUUAGAUACUGUUAUUAUCCCUUUGUCUGCCUACUGUUAUAUUAUCAAUGCUCUACAUGCUGAUUGCAUUAUCAUCUCCA